AUGAACGCCGCCCUGGAGCCUGGCCUUGAUAUGGCAAAAAGGUUGCUGAAGUGUCAGGUCGUGAGAGAUGAAGACGAUCAAUUCAAGGUUGCACAAACCCGCGACGAGCACAAGCCUCUAACAUGGACUUAUGUGUUGGGUGGCAGUGACUUGGCGGUAGCAAUGGCCUUGGUUUUAGUGUGGUAUUAUUUGGUUGUCCAGAUGGGCAAGGAGGAUACGGCCAUCGAAGUCCAGCGAUAUGAUAGUAUAUUUCUGCUACUUUCACCUAGAACUUGGUGCUACUGCGUCGUAGUGACUGAAGAACUUACUACCAGAGGAGUCCCAAGGCUAUCGACUCUGUUUAGAGUAUUUUCCUGGGAUAGAAACCUGGGUCCCUAUCAUGCCACCCGCUUCUGUUUUUUGGGCACGGAAAACCUACAUUGCCCAGUUCAUGGUUCUCGCUCUGAGGUCUCACCCAUUUUUGUAGGCCACAUAGGUUCAGCAGAAAACUAUCCACUAUCCAGCUCUUUGGUUAAAGGUGAGCCUCCCAACAUGCAAUAUACCCAUAUAUUGGCCAAACUACCACCUACCCUACAGAGGGCAUUAGGUAUUCAAAUGUACUUACCAUCUGCGUGGGUCUGGUAUAUCGCAUAG